UAAAGAGAGAUAUAGAUAAUAUAAAUAUAACUAAUUUCCUUUGCUCUCUUUACAAAUUGAUUUUUAUUUGUUUACAUUUUUUCUCGUUUUCUUAUUCCUUUCUUUUUUUUCACUUUUUUUUCUUUAUUACAUAACUUUCGUUCAUCGCGUUGCUCGAUCAUGAUCGAGCAACGCGACAUUUCUUGAACGUCGUCAAACAAAAAUAAUCAGAGGAAGAGAGAAAGAGGAAGAGAAAAAAAAAGAGAGAGAAAGAGAGAGAGAGAGAAAGAGAGAAGACAGUGCGUGCGAUCAAAGAGACGCGUGCCAAAUUAGAAACGCUCGCUUAUUCAUCGGACAACCCCAGCAAGCUGUGCGCUAAUUAUUCUUCGGCCGGCGUUAAUUCCGGACUCGAAUCGGAACUGCUGUUGCUGCUGCUGCUGCUGCUACUGCAGCUGACCCGGUACUUCGAUUUUUCCAAAAUGGAGGACCAUCCAGCUGGCAUCUCUCCUUCCUCAAGAACAGUUACCUAAGGAUGACACGAUGAGAGGAAAACCAUACGAUUAUUCUAAGCAGAAAUACGGUAACACGAUACGCGGAAAAAGGUCGGGAGGGGUCACAACCGUUGGUGCGGCGAGGUCAGGUCGCGGUACUCUACAGAGGACACUCGUCCUCGUAUUUCUGGCGACGUUUCUCUGGCUGCAGAUUCAUGUGAUCAAUUUAACCGGCAGGGACACGUCUGGACAGUCUUCGGCUAACGAGACGCUCUUUGCGCUGGUCCCUCAGGAACUCCACAGGUUCCUGAAAGAGCGGCAUAAUGCGUCUUCGACAUCGGGCAAUGCAACUUCUGGCACUCUAACGGAUCUCGAAAUCGAGGAUAUACGUCGUAACAUCGAUCGUAUAAAUUCCGAGCAAAAGGUUUACAACGAGGAAGCGUUUGGUCCACUUGCCGGUGAUGCGCCUAUCAUCGUCGUACAGGUUCACGUUAGGCUGACCUACUUGAGACACCUGAUCGUCUCUCUGGCACAAGCAAGGGGCAUCGAACAGGCACUUCUUGUUUUUAGCCAUGACGUAUGGAACCCGGACAUCAAUUAUUUGGUCCAAAGCGUCGACUUUUGUCGUGUCAUGCAAAUAUUUUAUCCCCAUAGCAUACAAACCCAUCCAAGAACAUUUCCAGGGGAGGAUCCGAACGAUUGUCCGAGAAACAUUCACAAGGAACAAGCCUUGUAUUUGAAAUGUAUCAACGCUAAGCAUCCAGAUCUCUAUGGUCAUUAUCGCGAAGCAAAGUUUACACAAACUAAACAUCAUUGGUGGUGGAAGGCCAAUAGGGUCUUCGAUCAAUUAACAAUAACAAAGAAUCACACUGGUAUGGUACUAUUCCUCGAAGAGGAUCAUUACGUAGCCGAGGACUUUCUUCACGUAUUGAGACUCAUGGAACGUACCUGCAAGCACAGCUGCGAACGUUGCAACGUCCUAUCAUUGGGUACAUAUCUCAAGACCUACAACUAUUUCGCUGACUUCAGUCGUAAAUUCCUUGGCGUAAACGGCGCUUUACAAAAGGAACUUCUACGUGGAUUAAAGAAGCACGAGUCACCAGGCCCCCAGUAUGCUCUGAUCAGCAGCAGCAGUAGCAGCAGCAGCAGCAGCAGCAGCAGCAGCAGCAGCAGUAGCAGCAGUAGCAGCAGCAGUAGUAGCAGUAGUAGCAGCAGCAGUAUCAGCAGCAACAGUAACAACGUUGCUGGUGUCAACGUCGUUGGAACCGAAAAUGUUGCUGGAUUAUCGACCUAUCAAAGCUCACAGACGGCACCUUCUUGGGCAUUCCAGCUCCUACCAAGUCUCUACACUCAUUAUCAGAAGGCCGAGGUAAUACCCUGGAUAUCGAGUAAACACAAUAUGGGUAUGGCGUUCAAUCGUAUAACCUGGAACAAACUGAGGAAGUGUGCCGUACAAUUUUGCUCAUACGACGAUUACAAUUGGGAUUGGAGUCUACAGCACAUAGCACAGACAUGUUUGCCGCCUAGCAGAGGAGCCGGUGCAGCACCUCGCAUUGAUUCCGGCCUUAUUACCAUGAUGAUGAGAGCACCAAGAGUAUUUCACAUCGGCGAAUGCGGUGUACACCACAAGAAGAAUAAUUGCGAGUCUACUGCUGUAAUAGCGAAAGUUCAAAAUGUUUUGAGAGCCGCUAGAGACCAUCUCUUCCCGUCGCAAUUGACCUUAACGGUUGCUGGUAUGGCCAAGAAAACUAAAUUGAGAAAAGGUAAUGGCGGAUGGGGAGACGUUAGGGAUCAUCAGCUCUGUUGGAACAUAACGAUGUAUCCGGAUCUUGUUCUGCCUUAAAAUAAAAAAGAAAAAGAAAACAAACAAACAAACAAACAAACAAAGAAGAAAAGGAAGAGGAAAGGGAAAGAAAAAAGAAAUUCAUCGAGAGAAAAAAGAUAAAAAGAAAAAAAAAAAAAAAGAAAAGAAAGAAACGGAAUAUCGCAAAGAGAAUGAAUGUUCACUAUCACAAAAGACAACGUUAAUACUUAAAUGGAACAAGUUUUUAUGCCAUUGUACUUACUUAUUCUUAGCAUUUUCCAAUAUUCUCAUCAACACGAAUAUCGUUUUUCCAUUCCUCCCCCUCCUCAGAAUUGUAAUAAGAUCGAUUGAUUUAACGUGUUGACUCUCUGUCGGUACGAACCCGAUUCGUUCGUUAUCGAGCUUUUAUUAUGUGUCUUUCAAAUCGUGAUCUCUGGAAUGAGAUAUGUCAAUCCGACAUACGUGAUCAGUGUAUAUCUGCAAACGAGAAUAAUUAAUUUAUAUAUAUAUAUAUAUAUACAUUAUGUGCAGAAGAGAACUAAGUAAAUGCUCUCUUUCAUUCGCACAUGGAUAUUACAAGCGCGUGUUUAUUACUCACAUGAGAUUAAUCCUAUUAUGUUUAGAACUUGUUGAGUGUUAAUAAAUCCUUCCUUUUGAGAUACACCAUGUUGUUGAAUAUAUAUAUAUAUAUAUAUAUAUACAUAUAUAUAUAUAUAUAUAAAUAUAUGUGUGUGAGUGUACAUCACUGUGAGAGAAUCGUGAAUGAAAAAAAAGGGAGAAAAAAAGAAAAGAAAAAAAGAAAAAUGAGAUAAAAACGCGCGUAAUGGUCCAAAGAUGAACUAACCAUCCACUCGAUUCUUUCCAUUUUUCGUGUUUGUAUUCUUUUUCUUCUUUUCUCUUCUCUUUUAUUUAUUUAUUUAUUUUUUUUUUUUUAUUUAUAUCAAUCACGACACACUUGUUAUAAUAGUUAUGUAAAAGAAAAAAAGAAAAAAAAAAAAGAAGAAAAUAAGAAAAAAAAAAAAUAAUUCAUAGCGGAUUUAUAAAUGAUUAAUCAUUGUUUGACAUUUAUCAACACCAUGUACGUUCCUAUUUUUGAUCGAUUAUACUUUUAAUACGCGUGUGAAAUUUAUAAAGAAAACUUGUGUGUAUAUG